UGUUCCCUCAGGGUGCGCCCCGAGACCGCGAUAGCCGCGCUUCGCGGUGCUGCGGUAGCGAUGAUGGAUGAGCCCUGGUGGGAAGGGCGCGUCGCCUCGGACGUCCACUGCACCCUGCGCGAGAAGGAGCUGAAGCUGCCUGCCUUCCGAGCCCACUCCCCACUCCUGAAGAGCCGCCGGUUCUUCGUGGACGUCUUGACUCUGCUGAGCAGCCACUGCCGGCUGUGCCCUGCGGCCCGGCACUUGGCCAUCUACCUGCUGGACCACUUCAUGGACCGCUAUAACAUCACCACCUCCAAGCAGCUGUACACCGCGGCAGUCUCCUGCCUCCUGCUUGCCAGUAAGUUUGAGGAUAGAGAAGACCACGUGCCCAAGUUGGAGCAGAUAAACAGCGCAAGGAUCCUGAGCAGCCAGAACUUCUCACUCAGCAAGAGGGAGCUGCUGAGCACGGAGCUGCUGCUCCUGGAGGCCUUCGGCUGGAACCUCUGCUUGCCCACGCCUGCACACUUCCUGGACUACUACCUCUUGGCCUCCGUCAGCCAGAAAGACCACCACUGCCACACCUGGCCCACUACCUGCCCCCGCAAGACCAAAGAGUGCCUCAAGGAGUAUGCCCACUACUUCCUCGAGGUCACCCUGCAAGAUCACAUAUUCUACAAAUUCCGGCCCUCCGUGACCGCUGCCGCCUGUGUAGGGGCCUCCAGGAUCUGCCUGCAGCUGUCUCCCUGCUGGACCACAGAGCUGCAGAGGAUCUCAAACUAUUCCCUGGAACAUCUCAGUGCCUGCAUCGAGAUCCUGCUGGUAGCAUAUGACAGUGUCCUCAAGGAUGCCAUUGCGGUCAAGAGCCAGGCCUUGGCAAUGGUGCCAGGCACGCCGCCGACCCCCUCCCAAGUGCUGCUCCACCUGCCAGCCUACACUGCGCUCGGCCAGCCGACGGCCACCCUGGCCCAGCUCCAGGCUCCUGUGCAGGACCUGUGCUUGGCCUACCGGGACUCACUGCAGGCCCACCAUUCUGGGAGCCUACUCUCAGCGGGCACAGGCCUGCCCCUCCACAGCCCGUACCCAACCCUCCAGCCCGUGGACGUGUGUCCCGUGCCCCUCCCUGCGUCCCUCAGCAUGCACAUGGCCAUCGCAGCCGAGCCCAGGCACUGCCUUGCUGCCACCUACAGAAGCAGCUACUUCAGCGGGGGCCACCUGUUCCCCGCAGGCUGUUUUGAUAGAUAGGCCACCUGGGGCCGUGUGGGGAAGCCUCGAAGACCCAGGUGGAGGAAGAGAGCACCGAAGAGGACACGACACAGGGGAGGCAGCCAGAGACCAUUCCUUAGGAGCCUGGUGCCCUUGGAUGAGGAGGGGUCAGGCUGUUUUAUAAUAAAACCAGCCAGAGCAAAGCCUUCAGGGACAGACCUCAGUGGAGAGCAUCUCUCGGAAAAACCUUCAAACAGGCCUGGGGUACAGAGGUGGCACGGUGCCCUGUGAAUCAAGAAAGAUUUGGUGAGAGGGCAGAGGACAAGAAACUGUACACAGACCACUCACCCAGAGAUUUCUCUGCUC